UAUUACGGUUGUGUUCCUGUUUUUUUUUUUUUCACCGUGCAGGAUAAAUUGUAUUACGAGCAGCUGAGAAGCUACGUGUUCCAGCACGACUUGCUGGUGGAUAGUCUACUGUACAAGGAUGUUAAGUUGACAGCAACCAACGACGACCAGUAUUUUGUCUUUGAGGACUUCCUGUAUCAAGUCUUGCUGGUCUUCUCUCGAGACACGAAGGUCCUGAGUCACUUCUCCAAUAGCUCAGCCACUCCAGCCAAGUCCUACAUCAGAGGAAUGCUAGGCGUGGAAGAGUACGCAGUCAUCUACCCACCCAAUGGCAUCAUUCCUUUCCAUGGAUUCUCAAUGUAUGUUGCCCCCUUGUGCUUUGUGUACGGUGACCCCUACAAGUUGUACUACAUAUUCCGGGAGAUGUACAUGCGACACUUGUUCAGACUUCACACAAUAUCGUCACACCCAGAGGGUAUCGUGUCUCUGUGCAUCCUCUUUGAGAGUCUACUCCAGGCCAACCAACCACAGCUCUUCUACCAUCUCAGGGAGAUUGGUGCCCAGCCGUUGAGGAUAGCCUUCAAGUGGUUGAUGCGUGCCUUCUCAGGCUACCUAGCCAGUGACCAGCUGCUACUCCUCUGGGAUCGCAUCUUAGCCUAUGGCUCUCAACAGAUUCUUGCUGUGGCAGCAGCAGCUAUCUUUGCAUUCCGACGCGUCAAUCUGCUGGAGACGUCAUCCUUCGCCUCAGCAGAUGCUGUCAUGGCAGACAUCUCAACACUUCAGAUUAUCCCAAUCACACAGAUCUUCAUGUUCCCAACGUGAUGUUCCUUUCCCCAUCUUCUUAUUGGCCAAAUUUCUCCAGAAAUCAGAAGGUGAGGGUUAUGUUGCAAACUUUACAAAAGUGACAAAGUUGCCAAAGCUAAGGCCUUCUUGUCAAUUUUUUGUCAAGGAAAUUCUAGUCAAAUUCUUUGUCUGGUUUGUAGCAGAUAACCGCCAGCCAAAUGUUUCGGGAAUAAUUCCAGCAAUAAACCAGAAUUGAAUAGCAGGGAAAGGAUACAUUCAGCAAUUGUUGAGUUUCUUAACUUCAGCGCUGCAUUUAAACAAAAAUGGUCUUUUUUGCCAAACUCUUUGCAUGCACACACUUCAAAAUAUUUGGUUAAAUUUCCGACUAUUCAUAAGAUCAAAUUUUUUGUCGGGGUGAUGUAAAUCAAAUCAGUUUUUUGCCCUUCCUCGACGUUAUAAACACUGUAUUUUCAGUGUGUUACCUCCCGAGCGAAAGUUGGAAAAACAUCUAGUUUUCAAAUUUAAAAUGGUGAACCUCAAAAGAAAAUGUAAGCGUCUCAAAGGCCAGUCCAAACUACUCAUUAAAACUGAGGAAACAAGUAAACUUUUCGUGCAAAAUGAUUUAAUACUCUUUGGUUUUUUGGAAUAUUUUGAUAUUUUGAUACAACUUUAAGUUAACACAUAUUGCAAAUUCUUAUUUACACAUUUUUUUUUUACAUAACAGCCUCAUAAUAAGUGUCUGCAUUAAAAAAUCUAUUGCAAGCUGCAUAAUACUGUAUGUAAAUGCUUUUGUAAUUUCUUUCCGUUUAAAUAAAUAUUUAAUUUACACAUAUUAUGGAUUCUGAUUCACUCAGUGCUGUUCACAACUUAAUUAGUGUACUCAAAAAUUCAUUUGUACAUAUGUAUGUAAAUAGUUCAUAAAUAAAACCUCACUUUACAUAAAUCAUCAGA